UGACCCAAUUUAGAUUGAUUCGGGUAAAGGUUCCCACUUUGCCAACCCUCAAACUGCCAUGGCGACCAUACAAUCUUCCCUCUUUUCUUUACCUUACUUACAUACAUCUCUAAAACCCCAUAAACCCACCUCAAUUCUUUCUCACCCUAAUUUCUUUCAACCCCCUAAAUUUCCAAGAUUGGGUAUUGCUUAUUCAAAAAGAAAGGUGAUUUCUUGUUUGGUUGAAGAUGAUUCUAAAGGGUUUGUUGAAGAAACUUCUUUUGGGUCUAUUGAAUCUUCAAAUUCUGGAGCAACAAUUAAUCUCAAACAUCCGAGAAGAAGCUUGUUGGCAAACUUUACAUGUGAUGCUUGUGGUGUAAGAUCACAAAGGCUCAUAAACAGAUUAGCUUAUGAAAAGGGGACGGUUUAUGUGCAGUGUGCAGGUUGUUCGACAUAUCAUCAACUUGUUGACAAUCUCAAUCUUGUAGUGGAAUACAAAUUUCAGGAUGAAGUCGAUAUGAGUCCCGAUACAGAUCAAGUUUGAUGAGCCAAUCCACUCUAACUAGUAAUUUUGUCUUGAUUUUAACAGUUUAGAUACAUGUAUAAGGAAUUUCUAGAUCAUUUUGAAAGAAAAAAAAAAUGUACAACA